GAGAGACACACACACACACACACACACACACACACACGGUUUGCCCCAGGUGGGAUACAGGUGAGAGGGCAGGUAACAGGGAGUUAGAGACACACACACACACACACACACACACACACACACGGUUUGCCCCAGGUGGGAUACAGGUGAGAGGGCAGGUAACAGGGAGUUAGAGACACACACACACACACACACACACACACACGGUGGGAUACAGGUGAGAGGGCAGGUAACAGGGAGUUAGACACACACACACACACACACACACACACACACACACACACACACACACACGGUUUGCCCCAGGUGGGAUACAGGUGAGAGGGCAGGUAACAGGGAGUUAGACACACACACACACACACACACACACACACACACACACACACACACACACACACACGGUUUGCCCCAGGUGGGAUACAGGUGAGAGGGCAGGUAACAGGGAGUUAGAGACUGCUUUUGCUGAAAAGCGCCAAUGCUUCACUUGGCCGGGCAGAGGUCUGAUGGGUAAUUAAAAACAAGAUACAAGCCAGGUGGUGAUGGUGCACAACUUUUGUCCCAGCACUCAGGAGGCAGAGACAGGUGGAGCUCUGUGAGUUCGAGGCCAGCCUGGUCUACAGAGUGAGAGCCAGGACAACCAGAGCAACACAGAGAAACCUGGUUUCUGUGUGUGUGUGUGUGUGUGUGUGUGUGUGUGUGUGUGUGUGUGUGUGAAGCCUGGAAUCCUUCAUGUUGCACCUGGCUACAUUAUAACAUUUUCAACAGUCCAGUUUCCCAGAGUAGCCUGGAGAAGUUGCCAGCCAUUGCCCUAAACCUCGAGGCCUAAUGUGCCUUUGUGACUAGGCUGUUCUUAAUACCCAUGUGCCCUUCACUCAUGUGGGAUUGCAGGAACCACGGGCCUGACUGGCAAAACCUUUACAAUGCUCCCUAAACCGCCUUAGUCAAACCCUGUAUAGCCAGUCCAGAGAUAAUAGUCAGAGGUCGGAGGUCACAACCAACUUGAUCUCCACCAGACAAAGGGCAACUGACUGCAGCCAGGGAAACAGACUUUGCACGAUGGCCCUUACCAUCUGUUCUUCGUAGCGUAGCCCAGCUGAGAAUAAAGCUGCCUUCACCAGCCUAAAACUCACAGAGAUCUAACUGCCUCUGCCUAGAGAGUGCUGGAUCAAAGGUGAGUAGCAUCAUACUUGCUCUGUUUUUGACAAAUCCCUAGAUCUCCUAGGUUGGCUUUGAACUCCUAAGAGGCUGAGGACUUCACUUCUAAAAGUAUUGAGAUUACAGGCAGUGUCCAACUGUGCCCUGCUUAGGAAGUAAUGUUACUAUUUUCAUUCUAUUUUAAAUUUUUGAGACAAGAUCUCUCUGAGGUCUAGGCUAGCCUGGAACUCACAGAGACCCAUCUAGUCUCUGCCUCCCAAGUGCUGAGAUUAAAGGUCUGUGCUACCAUACUCAGCUUUCUUUCUUUCUUUCGAUAGAGUCUCACAUAAUUUAGGCUGAUUCAUGAGCAGCCUCAAGCCUGCACUUCCUGAGUGCUAGAAUUAUAGAAUUAUAUCCAUGAGCUACUCUGCUUGGCUUUUAUAGAAUUAUAUGCGUGAACUACUACUAUGUUUGGCCUUUCGAGACAUGUUUCUCUGUGUAGCCCUGGCUAUCCUGAAACUCGCUCCGUUGACCAGGUUGGCCUUGAACUCACAGAAAUCUGUCUGCCUCUGUCACCCGAGUACUGGGAUUAAAUGUGUUAGCUACCACUGCCUGGCACACUUUGUCUGUCUGUCUGUCUGUCUGUCCAUCCGUCCGUCCAUCCAUCCGUCCGUCCUGCUCGUUCUGCCUCAACCUCAUCAGUACUUUCUGUCAACUUUCUGGUGAUCUGGUUCUCUUCUCUGGGCUCUGCUUCUAUUUCCUGUAGCACAACUGGUAACCCUUUUGGGAGGAUGCCCUGGUCUCUGUAACCUUGAUAGACUCCCUCAGGGCCUUAAAUGUAGCAGCAGAGUCUCCUGCCAGGAAGGGGGUAGCAUUCUCUGGGGAAAAAUAAGUAUCUCCAUGGUAACCAGAGAAGAUGGAUGGUGUGAUCUGAGGAACCUCCCUGAGUUCUGCUACUGCUGCAGAAAACACUGUGAUUGAGAGAGUCCUGAGGAGGCUGGAAGCCUUUCAUACCCAGAAUUGGGUUUCUGAGCAGCCCGGGUUCUUCUGAUUAGCAAAGAUGACUUGACUUAGAGAAAAAUCUAAUUCCUGAGACGUGUCUUGCAUGUCUUAUUUGGGACCCCCUGCCCACGGAUGUAAAUGACUGGAAUAGUUCCCUCUGUUCCCCACCCACUCAGAAGGGCCCAGAGAAUGAAUGUUGCUAUUCUUGCCUCUUGGAAAAGGAGGGAAACCCAGGCCCCAUGCUGCAUUCCUGCCCCAGUCAGCAAGACCUGAAUGUCACUUGGGAUUCUUCCAACGGCGCUGGUGCUGUUUUCCCUGUGUCUUUGCCUGACUGAUAUACGCAUCAGCCUGGAACCCUCCUGUGACAUCAGCAAGAUCCUGGCAGCCACAAUCGACAAUGCCAGCAUCGUGCUGCAGAUCGACAAUGCUCGCCUGGCAGCCGAUGACUUCCGCACCAAGUAUGAGACAGAGCUGAAUCUGCGCAUGAGUGUGGAGGCGGACAUCAACGGCCUACGCCGGGUGCUGGAUGAGCUGACCCUGGCCAGAGCUGACCUGGAGAUGCAGAUCGAGACCCUCAAGGAGGAGUUGGCCUACCUGAAGAAGAACCAUGAGGAGGAGAUGAAUGCCCUUCGUGGCCAGGUGGGCGGGGACGUCAACGUGGAGAUGGAUGCGGCCCCUGGUGUGGACCUGAGCCGCAUCCUGAACGAGAUGCGGGAUCAGUACGAGAAGAUGGCAGAGAAGAACCGCAAGGAUGCCGAGGAGUGGUUCUUCACCAAGACAGAGGAGCUGAACCGAGAAGUGGCCACCAACACAGAGGCCCUGCAGAGCAGCCGGACGGAGAUCACGGAGCUCCGCCGCUCUGUGCAGAACUUGGAGAUUGAGCUGCAGUCCCAGCUCAGCAUGAAAGCAUCGCUGGAGAACAGCCUGGCAGAGACAGAGGCACGUUAUGGGGCGCAGCUGGCGCAGCUGCAGGGCCUCAUUAGCAGCAUGGAGCAGCAGCUGUGUGAGCUGCGUUGUGACAUGGAAAGGCAGAAUCAUGAGUACCAGGUGCUGCUGGAUGUGAAGACCAGGCUGGAGCAGGAGAUCGCCACUUACCGCCGCCUGCUGGAGGGAGAGGAUGCCCACCUGGCUACUCAAUAUUCCUCAUCCCUGGCUUCGCAGGCCUCCCGAGAAGGCACGGUGACCAGCCGCCAGGUGCGCACCAUUGUGGAAGAAGUCCAGGAUGGCAAGGUGGUCUCCUCCAGGGAGCAGGUGCACCGCUCCACCCACUGAGGUCCCUUUCCGCAUGUGAUGUGCCAGCCUCAGGGGCUUAGGCUGCAACUCUGUGCUUCUACUGCUGCGCUUGAACUCCCGUGAGCUAGCUGUUGGCUUCUGUGUAUGCCUUGUGCUGCCCUGUAAGGGGAGGCCCCUUGGGUUGACCCCAGAAAUUCCUAAUAAAGCUUUGAAGGAAUCUG